AACAAGAAGACGAGGGAUGUGCAUGGUUUCUUUUGUUCUCUUCUUUCCACACAGCGACGGUGUUACAGGGCGUUUUCAAAAGGAACUUUAGAAAAACCUGGAAAACAGUCGGGGCAAAUGGGGGUUUAUUCUGGGAUGGGCGUCGAGCAUGAUGGUUUUCGCUCCGCUUUUUUGUGUUUUUUUUUAUGUUGUUGUUCCCUUUUUUUCUCUUCUUACAGACGGAAUGACACAGACUUCUUGGGGUCUGGUGCCACUGUCCUCUUGCUGUCCCUCUUUGCAGAGAGGAUAUUUGGUGCGUCUUUUGCCUUUUCUCAAGGCGGGACUUGGGGAGGUUUUUGGUGGAUAGCUACAACAGGGGCUUACUUCCGGGUCUGCUUUGUGGUCUAUCGAUAUCUUAAUUUGGUUGUCUCUACUCCCUAUAUUCCUUUCUUGCCUAUGGGUCUUGGUGUUAAAUGAUUGAUGUCCCUUUGAGUGUCUUUUUCCUUUGCUUGGAUGUAUUCUUGGUCGCUCUUUUUCAAAUCUACCAUCUAAAUCGCUCUUUCUUGUUGUUGUUCACUGCUCUUUUCUUUGCUGUUGCUUUCUGUCGCUACCUGGCAAUCACGUGGUC